GGAACGACGAGACUGUUGAAAAGAAGGUCGGCGGGGACGGCGCCGGCGGUGUAUUGCGCAGGUGUCGGAGGCGAGAGUCGAGGACGAGGAGGAGGGUGGUUAUUUAAGGGCUUAAACGGACCGGGUUCCUCACACCUUCGCUCCGCCCGUCCGCCCGCUCUCCCGGAGAAUAUCGCCGUUGGAAUCGAUCCUGAGAGAAUGAAAUGGCGACAGCACAACCUACAAACAGGCCACCCUCAGGCUCAAAAAGCAUUUCUUCCUUUGAUUCCCCUGUACAUUCCAUAAUAGAGCCAAGCAGGGGUACCAUGAGCCUCCCGAGGCCAAAAUCUGCCAAAGGUCGCAGUCGUCCCACCUCAAGCUAUGCUCAAAAGACGGAAGCGUGCUUGUAUUCCAACCCAGUGUCACCUCCUUUCUGUGAGCUGAGCAGCAGUCCUCCUGCACCCCCGCUUCUCCCAGCAUCGUACCCACCAGUCCGAACAAGUCGAGCAACUAAAGAGGAGGUCCCAGAACUUUUCCAUCAGGUUCCAUCUCGGCCCUCUUCAUCUCUAAAUAGGUACAGGGUGCUCCCAUCCAUUGGCAGGAGGGAACCCAGGCACCCCGAAGUAAAAAGUAUUUUACAACAAACCAGUAAACUUAACCUGCACCCAGAUCGGGAAGAAACAAUAUCCCUCUACAGGGAAAAGAAACAGCCACUCUGCAAAUCUAAUGCUGCGACCAGCAAAACACAGCUGUCCCAGUGCGAGGCACCCUCUCUACCUGAUGAACCCUUAGGAUCGGAGCCAAAACUACACCUCGCAGUGAAAUCUCCCACGGGCCAGAGGUUUGAACGCUGCUUCAGGCCUUCAGACACGCUGCAAACAGUACUGUCAGUGGCCGAAUGCAGGAACAACACCAAGUACAGAAAAUGUAUUGUUGAAACGAUGGAUAUACCUAGAAGAAGUUUUCUGGACUUAUCAAAGACCCUGGAGGAGUGUGGCAUUCAGAAUAAAUCAGUUCUUUGCAUUUUACAAGAAGAUGGGGAUUAAUCCUUCAAGCGAAUGAAGUCUAUUCUUUUUCCCAAAUUCUAGUUUUCAUUAUUCAGCAAAGAUGCAGACCCAAAUGCUGAGGCAAGUUAGAUGAACUGAAUGGCCUUUGUUGUUCUUGUUAUAAAGAGAAUGUAUGUAAUGCAGCUACAACACAGUGAGAGGGCAGCAUUUGAGUUUUGUAUUCCUUUUAAGAACUUCUGGACAAGAUGCCUCUAAUAACAGGUACCGUGGGUGUAGAGUACAUAACGGUUGAAUUAAUACAAGCGAAUGUUAAAAAUAAAGCUCUGUUUAUAACUCCAGUUGAUACAGGGGAUUUUUAAUAUAGGGUGAAAUUCAAGAAAUGAUGUGUUCUUAAUCUCCAUUGCUUUCUCCUUUAUUUAUAAUUAUCGGCACGGUAGAGGAGCCUCAUAAUCACCUAUAUUAAUGAUGCAGAGUGCCUUUGUUUUGCUGCACUGCAGUCUUUAUUGUUUUCAUACACUUUUCUUGUGUGGAUUGAGUAUAUUUCUUUACUGAGAGAAUCAGUUCCAAAUGGUCAGGUCCGGAAAAUAGUCUGUGAUCUAGUAAAAACGAUACUUUCUCUCCAGCAUUUGGCCCCAAGUAUUCAACUGAAUGCUGGUGUAAGAAUUAUAAAGCAGGUGUUUUAAGGCAAGGUUCAUGAAUAGCCAGUAGCUAGGAUGAGGAAGUUACCAACCUGGCUGGUGUGAAGCAUUGUAGAAAACAAAAGCUCACUAGCUCGCUGAUUUUAAAGUAUGUAUGUAUGUUUUCUUCACAUGGAGGAACUCACUCUGCACUGCAAAUUUAAUGUUAAAUUUGAAUUUUGCUGUUUCCUUGUGCCUUUGAAACUUUAUUUUAAAUCUUGUUACUCACCAGGUGAGUACAGUAAGAAUUAAGAGUUGUACUGAAAUCAAAACAUCUCCAGCUCUGAUCGUUUCGGGCACCGCAGAUAAAAUACUGAGCAACUAUUGGCAAAGUGAAACUAAGUCGUAUCCCACAUGGUGUGUUUUACACGCAAACAAUGUUAAGGCUUUGUUAGAUUUUGUUUUCUGAAAUAUAGCCUUUUGGGUUUAAUUAUUUUUAAAAAAAUAUUAAAGCACCUCGAGCCAAAACAGAAUUAUUGCUUCUCCCACUUUGCCAGUAUGUACGUCGAUAAACCUGUGUUGGUUCUUACUUUCAUCAUCUAAAUUUGCAUCAUUGCUCUAACCUUUUCCUCAUCUUGCUAACUUAUUUCAUCUGCAUCUGCUACAAUUGCCUUAUUUUCAGAUUGCUUGUUUUAUGUUUAAUCCUGCUCCAUUUAUGCAUUUGCUUAAUGCUUGCACUGUGUUUAAUAAACCCGCUGGGAAUUUGGGGAUGCAGCUGAUUGGUGUUAGAUCUAUUCCAAUAAUUUGUUUUUUAUGUAUAGAAAAUAUUGGAGGAUUCAAAAGUGCACUUUAAAUAAAUGCACCAGUUACAUAAAGGUGCAGGUCUAAUCACCUAUGGUAUAAUAGUAACGCAAUUUGUGGUUUCAAUAAUUCCCAUUAUAACACUCAAGUUAAUGUUUUUGUCUUACCUUUUAAAAUUCACUGUAUAAGAACACAAUAAAUUAAAUGACAAUUUCAGAUUUGGGUCUUUGUUUAAUAUUUUUUUCCAAUCUUCAUGGAAAAAAGGUGGAGGCCUGAAAGCGAGUUUCUCUCCUUUUUUUUCUCUCUCUCUCUAGAAACUUGGAGAAGACACAGCUGGCAGUUUCCAACAGGACUGUCCCUCCUGUCAUAAAGGUCGAUUGAUGUUCUUCAGCAAAUCUGAAACCCAAGCUCUCCUCAUUUACUCAUAUAAUGGUCAUUCACUCCAUUAUGGGACAGUCACUGCACUUUACAGUAGUAUCCUUUGAAGCGCUUUAAGGCGUCCUCCUGUCACGAGAGGCAUUUAAUCAAAUAUAGGGAUUAUUGUUACACUCGAGGCUUAUGAGAGCCAGUUUCUCACACUCCUGAAAUCUACAGCAUUCUCAGUGAUUACAGCAACCUCUCAUAGACAAGAUUCUUUCAUACAUUGGGACUUCUCACAGCUAUAGCUCAACACAACAGCUGAGAAGAUCUUCCCCAAAACCUUGCUCUUGCUUUACAAAAAGAUUAAAGGAAAAUUAUGAAUAUGUGAAACAAAUUUAAACUGAUAUCAACAAAUAUAAAAACUUAAGAAAACUUUCUCCCUGCCUGUGAUAGGGGUUUGAGGGAGAAACUUAUGCCACACAAAAAAAAUGACCAAAGCUGAACAAAUCAAUUUCUCUGUAUCUUAUUCCGAAUUGUGUUAACUUACACAAAUUCACAGAAAACCUUAUAAACUACUGCAAGACCUAUCUAUCUUGGUGAGCAAAGGAUGAGUUAAAAGUAAUU